UCCCCCCACAGUCCCCAGGGUGCCGGGGUCCCUGUGAGCGCCGUCGCGGGGCCGCCCCGCCGUGGGCCUCCGGGGCCCCUUCCCGCCUGUGGGGGGAGAGGAUCCAGAAAAGCCUCUUGUCCGGGUCCUGGGCCGCCCCAGCCUGCGAUGGCCUGAGGGGUGAGGGGACAGGCACCAGCCAAGGCCUGCGCUGAAAUCUCCACGGGGACGCCGCCUGGACGUCCCAGAAGCCCCACCCAGAGGAGAUCCAUCCUGGGGUGGGUGGGAAGCCGAGUGGAAGGAAACUAGAUCCCGACAGCAGGGACUGAGCCAGGGUGACAAGAGCCACGCACCAGGCAGUGAUUGUGACUCCUGGUUGCCGGUACCAAGGGAAGACCACUUCUCUGCUGGGGCAGAGGUGGAGCCGGAGCCCCCAUCUCUGCUCUGCUCGAGUCUUCUGGAAUGGACCUACCUGCUGGGAAACCAGGUCACCCUUGUUCCUGGGCUUGCCUGCCCCCCGGAGAACACAGGCGGAUUCUUCACCACUGCGCCACCAGGGAAGCCCUCUGCGUGUGUAUCUACGCGGCCCGGGCAGUAGGAGCAGUGGCCGUGAGGCUGUAGCAGCAACGCUCGUAGCCGAGGAUGCCCCAGGCCCUGGAGUGUUCGGAGGGCUGCCGGGCCUGGAUGGUGCUCCUGGCCUCUGUGGUGACCCAGGGCCUCACCCUGGGCUUCCCCACAUGCAUCGGCAUCUUCUUCACUGAACUGCAGCGUGAGUUCCAGGCCAGCAACAGCGAGACCUCCUGGUUCCCCUCCAUCCUGACAGCCAUGCUCCAUGCAGGGGGACCCUUGUGCAGCAUCCUGGUGGGACGCUUCGGCUGCAGAGCGACGGUGAUGCUGGGCGGCGUGCUGGCCAGCCUGGGCAUGGUGGCCGGGUCCUUCUGCUGCACCCUCGGCCAGCUCUACCUCACGGCAGGCUUCAUCACAGGCCUGGGCAUGUGCUUCAGCUUUCAGUCAAGCAUCACUGUGCUGGGAUUCUACUUCACCCGCUGGCGGGUGCUGGCCAACGCGCUGGCCUCGGCGGGCGUCUCCCUGGGCAUCAUGCUCUGGCCACUGCUCUCCCGCUAUCUUCUGGAGGACAUGGGCUGGAGAGGCAGCUUCCUCAUCUUCGGCGGGGUUCUCCUCCACUGCUGUGUCUGUGGGGCCAUCCUGAGGCCCGUGCCUGCCGGUGUGACCCCUGAGACCAGAGAUGGCCUCCCUCCACCUUCCAAGAGACCCGCACCAGGCUGCCCGGCAGCAUGCGGUCGGGCCGUCCAGCGCCACCUGGCCUUCGAUGUCCUGCGGCACAACGUGGGCUACCGCGUGUACACACUGGGAGUCGUCUGGAUGAUCAUGGGUUUCCCGCUGCCCCACGUCUUCCUGGUGCCGUAUGCCAUUUGGCACGGGGUGGAUGAACACAGGGCGGCCCUGCUCAUCUCCAUCAUUGGCUUUAGCAACAUCUUCCUGCGGCCCAUGGCUGGACUGGUGGCAGGCCGGCGGGACUUUGCCAGUCACCGCAAGUACCUGUUCAGCCUGGCAGCCCUGCUCAACGGGCUCACCAACCUGGCGUGCGCAGCGUCGGCCGACUUCCGGGUGCUGGUGGGCUACUGCCUGGUGUACAGCGUGUCCAUGAGCGGCAUUGGUGCUCUCCUCUUCCAGGUCCUCAUGGACAUUGUCCCCAUGGACCGGUUCUCCAGCGCCCUGGGCCUCUUCACCGUCCUGGAGAGCAUCUCCAUCCUCAUCUCCCCGCCACUGGCUGGACUCCUCCUAGACACCACCAGCAACUUCAGCUACGUUUUCUACAUGUCAAGUUUCUUCCUCAUCUCAGCCGCCCUCUUCAUGGGUGGCAGUUUCUGGGCCCUGGGGAAGAUGGAGAGGCAGGGCCCGCAGGCUGAGGUGCAAGGAGCUGUAACAGAGGCUGCCCCAGAGCAGGACCUCACUAUGGAGGACACAGACGGUCCCAAGAAGCGGCUGCGCAUGGAGAUCAUGUAUGUGACCAGCGUCUGAGCCCCGGGAUCACUCACAUGUGUGACCGGCAUCUGAGCCCUGAAGUCAGUGAGUCCUGCCUCAGCCCAGGAAUGUCCAGCUACUUCGCCAGAGGCUGGGGUAAAGGGCUGCCCAGAAAGCCUGAACCAAAGGCCGUCUGGGUUCUGCACAUCGAGACUCAGCCAGGAGUUGGGACCUUAGAGGCUGACCUCCAGAGACUUGGGGUCCCUUCUAACCAGCAGAAUCCAGGAGCGGAUCCUCCUGACUUUUUUGCUGGGGCACCAGAGUACCUGGGGCCCAGAAAGGUGGGUCUGAGCUCAGCUCAGCUCUGUCACAGCUGGCUUGGUUCGGCUGGCUGCCUACGCUGCGGCUACAGCUCAAAACACUGGACCCUCAAGUCCAGCCUGGGUGCCUCCCAUGUGAUCUCUUUGUCCUUCACCCUCUAGACAGCUCCGAAGAGCUCAACCCUCCUCCGAGUCUCUCCUGCCCCCCUUCUUCCCAGGUGGCCGAGCCCUUGCCCGCAGGGCUGCCCCCAGCACAGGUCGCUGGGCCUCAUGCUACCUGGAACCUCGGGAAGAAGGGCUUUGUGAGAGAAUGUGUUGCAGUGGUGGAGGGCCAGGCUGAGGGCCCGUCUGGAUGCAGGAUUGGAACAGAUUCAAUGUCAGGUGGACAUUUAAUGUCCUGGCGACAGUGCAGAGAACUGGAGGGGAGCCCCUGGCUUGGGUCCUAGAAUCAGUGAAGUCUGAGGGCCCCCUGCACACUCAGCAGGGCCUGCUCUAGGGUCUCCUCUCUCCUCUGCCCCAUCCUGUAUCUUGGCUGGGAAGAUCAGUGCUGCGGGGCACGGGGGAGCCACACGUCAGACCAGGGGAGGAAGGAUUGCCUGGCAGGGGCCCAGGACCUCUGUGGAAAUGGAGCUGCUUGUGCAGCAGAAGCCCUUUCACUCCCCUCUCCUGUCAGCCUUUUCUCCCUGCUGUGUCAGAGGCGUCAACCCUGGGAUAAGUGGCUGGCUGGGCCAGCUGCCAGGCCACCCUGCUCCCCACCGGCCUGUGCGUCUGGCCUGGAAGUCAGAGCUUCUCCCCCAGACCGGCCGCCACAUACUCUUUUUGCUGGUGCCUUCCCUGAGGUCAUCACCUGGGGGCUGGCUGUCAUCAGCCCAAGCUUGUCCCAACAGUGUACCAACUGAGUGAGAGGAAAAACAGAGUUUGUUUGAAUUACACACAGAAACACUUUCUGCAGCGGGUUAUAAACCCUGUGAACUCACGAAGCUAGAAAAGAGGCCUGGAGUAAGUUUUCCCCCAUCCCCCUUCAGGGCUCCUCCCACCAAGGACCUUGUUUGUUGAUUCAAGCUCAACCAGGUUUCAACAAGAAACCCUUAUCAGGAGAAUUGAUUUUAUGACCCGACUUCAGCCUUCCUCCUGCAGGAGUCCAACUGGCGUGAGUCAGCAUCCUUGGGAAUGUUGUCUUUUCCAGGACUCAUGAGUGCCCCCUUCUGGCCAAAAGAGGUAGUACGGAGGUGAAGCAAAGGGCUCUGGGCUGGAAUAGAGACCUGAAUUCA